AUGGAAAGUAUUACAGCUAUGGCUGGUGAGAGUGUCAGUGCCAGAGGCCAGGUCUUUGCCAGGUGGAGAGGACACCCUUAUGCCCUACCUCCAAGUUCCAGCACCUUUCCAAGAGCCCUUGGCCCCAGAAGCAGCAACAAAGUGACACUGGACUGGGGAGGAGGAAGCACAACUUUAUUUUCUGGCCCGAAGGGCGCUGGGGGGGCGGGGGGGGCCGGGGGCGCGGCUUUGUGGCGGCAGCGGACGGUGGAGGCCGGGUGCAGCCCCGUCGGCUGCGCGCUCUCUGCAGAAAAGGAUUUUCUAUGCUCCCCGCCCAUCACUUGGAUCUCGUCUGGGGAGGGGCGGAUUUUUUUUCUGGAAGUACCCUUCUUCUUCACGGUGGAGGAUUUAAGGCUGGGCUCCAAUCGAGGCGGAGGCUGCAGGGCCCGCGGGGCGCCCCCCACGCCCGGCGCACGCCUGCCUGGAGCCUGGGAAGGCGCAGCCCCGGCGGGGGGGGGCCGUGCACCCCCGGAGGCAGCAGCGGCGAUAAACCUGCCAGUAAUUUCAGCAAAUGAAACGUGGAACGCGUCAAGGCCAGAGGAUGGAAAAGGCUCCGGUUUUGAUAAAAGGAGGCCUGCUUGGCUUGGAAUCCUCUCUCCUGCUGGUUGGAAGAUGCAAAGAUGUUUCCAGAGAGGGGCUGAAGAAUUGAGGGGAAAGAAAUGAGCCCAGUAUGAGUCCCCUUUCAGGGCUGAGCGCAUAUAAAACCAAACAAGUUGGAACUGCUCCAAGAGAGGGGAUUAAAGCAACAUGUUAUUCUGAGUGAUUGCUUAAUUUAUUGAGCUGCGGCUGGAUCUGUAAUGAAAUACAGCCCUUGUAACUGAUAACCUCCUGCUGCAAUUGAACUUCCACAAUUAAGGAAUAUUUUCCGAGUUUCUCUGGAACGGCUCUGAAUUUCUAGCCUCGGUGACAGGGUGCUUCUGAACAUUUGUUUUCCAGGCAAUUUUUUUUUUUCUUGAGUAUCAGACUGAUGUUAAUAAAUAAGCAGCAUUUUAUUGAGUGCUUUGUGGGAACCAGGAACUUUAUAUACAUUAUAUCUAAUCCUGACACUAAUCCUGACAAUAUCCCAUGAAAUAACCCCCAUUAUUCCCUAUUUGAUGGAUGUGAAGCCACGAGACGUUCGGUCAUUUUCUAGAGUGGUGCUGUCCGAGACAGUAGCUGUUAUGGCUCCUUGUGGCUAUUGAUGUGUAAGUACGUUAAAAUUAAAUAAAUUUUAAAGUUGACUCCC